AUGUCGUCUGUGCCCACGCCCGUGGCGCCUGCCAGCCCCGCCGUUCCCAGGAAGGUCACGUUUGCGCUGUCCGGAGGGACGGAGGAGGCUGUUGCGCCAUCACCUCCUGCCGUGCCCAUGUUAGCUCCUAGUGUGCCAGUGGUGUUACCACCGACUGCGGUGCCGCUUGUGGCUCCGUCGGCUCCUAUGUCGCCGUCGCCAGACCUCCCUCUACUCCGUGCGACAGAGGAGGAGCCGCCGAAGGCGGUGGUGCCAGCUGGCGAGGCCUCGCCCGAGAAGGAACGGGCGGCUGAUCAGCGUGUGCCGGAUUAUAUGAAGUGGCUGUACCCUGCUUUGCUGGAGGGCUCAUCUGCGUGCUCGCCACCACUGGCGUUUCCUUUGGCUGACGCAACGACGCCGCACGUUCUCUCCUCUGCCGCGCUGCUGCGCUGGUCGGAGGCAGAGGUGCUCGCGGCUCUGCCGGCCACGCUGCCGCCGGAGUACGUGGUUUUUGGCGGAGCGAGGUACAGCGGCGCGUCCCUCGACCUCGUGCGCCCGCCACUCGCCGUCACUACAAGCGCGAAGCGAACGGCGCACUUGCACGACGCGAUGGAGGUCCAACGACUUCAGUUUCUCGUCGAUCAACUCGAGGUGGCGAGGCACUACUUAAAGAUUGAGGCACGGCGCGUAACGAAGGAGCAGCGGCCAUCAUCCUCCCUGACGACAGCAGGCGGCGCCGCGGUGCCCACCGACACCGUGAGUGAUGCCAUUCGCAAGCCGGAGGAGGCCGAGGAUGUGGCGAAGGCGAAUAUCUGGACCGCCGCAUACUUUGGGUCACCUCAGCAGCUUGGUGCGGUGAUGGAGAAGCGCAAGUUUGACGGAAUGCUAGACAGCGCCGGCUACGUGCACUAUAGACGGCGCCAGUGGGGCUUGAAGCGUGUUGGCGACACGUUUGCGCUCGGGCUUGGAUCGAGAGGCACCCCAUUGCAGUUUGCGGCGGCAGCCGGGAAGUUGGACAGCGUUGUACUCCUCCUCGCGAGCGGGGCACGGGAUACAGCUUUUCCGCGGCUGAAGGAGAUUCUGUCAGCUGACUCCAUGCAGGUCAUCGAGUCUGUUUUCAAACCCCGUGGCCAUGCACCACGACAAAACCGUGCACCAACAGUGGAGGCGGUGUUCACGAGUAACGCAGCGCUGCCAGCCACGGCAUCCGUUUUUACAAGUGAGCACGUAGUUCGGAUCGAUGAGUGUGAUCGAUCGCCUCUGGGACAGGUGGGUGAUGCUACCACAGCAGCGAUGGCGGCGUUCGCAUAG